AUAGAAUUGGAUCUAACUUGGAUUAUUAUAUAGUAUAGUAGAAACAGGGGAAUUGUUGUUCUUAGAAUAUAGAAAAAAAUGGUGGAUAACAUUGGAGGUAGUUCAUCUAACGACAAUGGUGAUUUUGUUAUAAAGGAACAAGAUAGGUUGCUUCCAAUAGCCAAUGUUGGUCGAAUAAUGAAACAUAUUUUACCUCAAAAUGCAAAAAUCUCGAAGGAAUCGAAGGAAACGAUGCAAGAAUGUGUGUCGGAGUUUAUAAGCUUUGUAACGAGUGAAGCUUCGGAGAAAUGUAGGAAGGAAAGGAGAAAGACAGUGAAUGGUGAUGACAUUUGUUGGGCUUUAGCAACACUUGGUUUUGAUGAUUAUGCUGAGCCAAUGAGAAGGUACUUGCAUAGGUAUAGAGAGUUAGAGGUUGAUAAGAUUAAUAGUAAUAAUCAAGAAAUUAGAGGAGGAAAUGGCCCUCAUGCAUGAUAAGGAUUAACUUUAUAGAUAGGUUGUAACAAAAUGCUUUAGAAUGUGUUUGAGAGAAGGUUUUUUAUGCUUCACAAUUGUGUCAACCACAUCAUUAAUUUACUUGUUCUUUUCCUUCUUAAAUUUAUGCAUACUUCACAUGUCUUAUUGAUUUGUUUUAUAGAGGAAUUUGCAUAUUUCAUUUUUGUUAGUAAA